GAACUUCAACACAAAGUACUACGCGAACUACUCGACGGCCGCCUCCACUUAUCUCCAGUGAUCAGGCCGGCAAGAGCCCUCGAUGUAGGAACAGGACCUGGGUCUUGGGCAUUGGUCUGUCUGUCCCGACACCCGGAAUGUGACGUCGUCGGCAUAGACAUAGACCCCGUGCGGCCUCCGUCGGCGGUACCAAACUGCCGCUUUCUCGUCAUGGACGCCACCGAGGAUUGGGCAUUUGAGGAGAAAUUUGACUUCAUCCACGUACGGAUGGUGGGCGACUUGCCCGGCAAAAACAAGCUCAUUCAGUCCAUCUUCGAAAAUCUGAACCCUGGCGGCUGGGUCGAAUUCACCGAGUGGAUAGUGCUCUUACAGUCGCCGGACCACUCAUUUGACGGUAGCGCAUUUCACAAGUGGAACUGCCUACUGCUAAAAGGCAAGUCGGGCGCCUCACUAACGCGUGCAUUAGGCCUCCGAAAACUCGGCAGUUCCGUAUUCUAUCCAACGGAAUACAAGGCGCUGCUCCAAAAGGCCGGGUUCGACCAUGUGACCGAAAGGAAACACGCCGCCAUGACGAACCCUUGUUACCCGGGCAAAAGCAUGCAGAGACUCGGCGCCCUGAUGACGUCCAACUGGAUGGGUGUGAUCGAGCCGUUAUCCGUGCCUGUGUUUGCGAGCUUGGGCUGGUCGCCGGAGAAGACGAAAUCGCUACUCGUGGAUGUGCGGAAGGAGAUCAGCGACCCUCGCUUCCAUUCAUUCAUGACGUUAAUGACCGUGUACUGCCAAAAGCCGACGGAGGAAUAACACAGGAUAGGCCGGCCCCGUGUGGGGGAGUUUUUAAUAGAUCGGGAUUACGCCGUAUGGAGUUUGGUCCGGUGGAGCAUGCGGGCGGGCGGGAUGCUACCCACUCUGCUGCCGCAGCAUGCGCCAGCAUGAACGUUGUGUGAGGUGUACAACAUGACUCUAAUGCAACCAGAGUUCCAAUUCCAUACAACCUUCUCAUGUGGCAACCAAUGAGAGAACUUCAACUAUCGGAGGCUACGACGCCGCAUCGUGGCUUCAGCGGCGCGCGAUAAGACCCAACCCCCAAAAUGCCUUCAUUUCUUUAAGGAGCAGACCGCCCAUCAUUGGGCGAUUGGGGAUGCGAUUGGAACGGGAUGUAGAUGCAGUCGCGGAGACAUCGUGGACCUGCCACUACGAGUAAGGGAGCUGAUCCCAGCAGACUUCGGUCACUU